CAUGAUGGAGCUGCCGAUCCAGAUCUCUAGGCUGCCUGUGACCCCUUCUGCCUCGCCCUUUUCCUCACCGUCGGCUUCGUCCAAGCUUGUGAACCCUAGUGCCAAUGCUACAGGCGGCGUCGGCUUCAAGCUGUCUUUGCUGACCCCAAGCAAGCCUUCGCUGCAUUGCUGUCUCGUGUUUCGCAACUACUACGUAGCCUGGCUGAGGCUUGUACAGGUGAACGUUGACGGCUCCAGCACAGAGUUGGCAACCACCUACCCGCUCAUGCAGCAUGUGCAUUGCGAGGACGAUGCGCAGAACUGGCAGAUCAUCAAGCUGGAUCAGCUGCCUGUGAGCUGGAAUCCACACAUAUUCGACAGCUUCUGCGUUUACCUCUCGCAGCCGUCGCCGCUCUGGGAAACGUGGGAGCUACGCGACGUUAAACUAUAUGUGUUACCACAGGAGCCGACUGAUGAGACUCAGGCUGCGGGCUUGUCGAGUCUACCAAAACUUGAGAGUGAUACACGUAUUAACCGGAACGGAAGUGCAGCCGAGGCCCGACUGACACAAUUGCUGGAACGCCGAACUUCACGGUCGACCUUAGCACACGGCAAUGCAGGAAGUGAUCCUGGUGCGAUUUAUGUGGAGGAGCAGGCCUCUCAUUGCUUGGACUUAGUAUUGAGACUGCGCGAGGUGCUUCAACUUAAGCAAGAAUAG